GGCGCUGCGCUUUGUGCUUUUCGCCGCGAGGAGCCGCAGGCAGCACAGCCACAGCGGCGGCAGCGGCGGCGGCAGCAGCAGCAGCAGCAGCCGCCGCCCCAGCGCCCGGAGGAGGAGCCGGGGCCGCUGCCGCCGCGGGAGGGAGCUGCGGCUGUGCCCGGCCGAGCGGGGGAGGGCGCCGCCGCGCACAGAGCCGGGGAGUGAGGCGCGGAGCCGGAGCAGGGAGAGUCCGGAGGCCGCGCCGUGCCGCGCCGGGGUGAGGUGGCUCUGACCCCCGGGGUGCCCGGCCAGCGCGACCCACAGACCGACUGAGGAGGUAGCUGGACUGGACGGCUGAACAAUGAACGGAGAGGCUGACUGCCCCACAGACCUGGAAAUGGCCGCCCCCAAAGGCCAAGACCGCUGGUCCCAGGAAGACAUGCUGACUUUAUUGGAAGCAAUGAAAAACAACCUCCCAUCCAAUGACAGCUCUAAGUUUAAAACUACCGAGUCACACAUGGACUGGGAAAAAAUAGCAUUUAAAGACUUUUCUGGAGACAUGUGCAAACUGAAAUGGGUGGAGAUUUCCAAUGAGGUGAGGAAGUUUCGCACCUUGACAGAAUUGAUUCUUGAUGCUCAGGAACAUGUCAAAAACCCUUACAAGGGCAAAAAGCUCAAGAAACACCCGGACUUCCCAAAGAAGCCCCUUACCCCAUAUUUUCGCUUCUUCAUGGAAAAGCGGGCCAAGUAUGCCAAACUGCACCCUGAGAUGAGCAAUCUGGACCUGACCAAGAUUCUGUCCAAGAAAUACAAGGAGCUGCCGGAGAAGAAGAAGAUGAAAUAUAUUCAGGACUUCCAGAGGGAAAAACAGGAGUUCGAGCGAAACCUGGCCCGGUUCAGGGAGGACCACCCUGACCUAAUCCAGAAUGCCAAGAAGUCGGACAUCCCUGAGAAACCCAAAACCCCCCAGCAGCUGUGGUACACCCAUGAGAAGAAAGUGUACCUCAAAGUGCGGCCAGAUGCCACUACGAAGGAGGUGAAGGACUCCCUGGGGAAGCAGUGGUCUCAGCUCUCGGACAAAAAGAGGCUGAAAUGGAUUCAUAAGGCCCUGGAGCAGCAGAAGGAGUACGAGGAGAUCAUGCGAGACUAUAUCCAGAAGCACCCGGAGCUGAACAUCAGCGAGGAGGGUAUCACCAAGUCCACCCUCACCAAGGCCGAGCGCCAGCUCAAGGACAAGUUUGACGGGCGACCCGCCAAACCGCCUUCGAACAGUUACUCGAUGUACUGCGCCGAGCUGAUGGCCAACAUGAAGGAUGUGCCCAGCACAGAGCGCAUGGUGCUGUGCAGUCAGCAGUGGAAGCUGCUGUCGCAGAAGGAGAAAGACGCCUAUCACAAGAAGUGUGACCAGAAAAAGAAAGAUUACGAAGUGGAGCUGCUCCGAUUUCUACAGAACCUGCCUGAGGAGGAGCAGCAGCGGGUUCUGGGGGAGGAGAAGAUGCUGAGCAUCAACAAGAAACAAGCCACCAGCCCAGCCUCCAAGAAGCCUUCCCAGGAAGCCGGCAAGGGCGGCUCAGAGAAACCCAAGAGGCCCGUCUCAGCCAUGUUCAUCUUCUCGGAAGAGAAGCGGAGGCAGCUGCAGGAAGAACGGCCGGAGCUUUCCGAGAGCGAGCUCACCCGCCUGCUGGCUCGCAUGUGGAAUGACCUGUCGGAGAAGAAGAAGGCCAAGUACAAGGCCCGGGAAGCUGCACUGAAAGCCCAGUCGGAGAGGAAGCCGGGCGGGGAGCGUGAGGACCGGGCCAAGCUGCCGGAAUCGCCCAAGAGAGCCGAAGAGAUCUGGCAACAGAGCGUCAUCGGCGACUACCUGGCCCGCUUCAAGAACGACAGGGUGAAGGCCUUGAAAGCCAUGGAGAUGACCUGGAACAACAUGGAAAAGAAAGAGAAAUUGAUGUGGAUUAAGAAGGCAGCCGAAGACCAAAAGCGAUACGAGAGAGAGCUGAGUGAGAUGCGAGCACCUCCAGUUGCUGCAAAUUCAUCCAAGAAGAUGAAGUUCCAGGGAGAACCGAAGAAGCCCCCUAUGAACGGUUACCAGAAGUUCUCCCAGGAGCUGCUUUCCAAUGGGGAGUUGAACCACCUGCCACUGAAGGAGCGCAUGGUAGAGAUUGGCAGCCGCUGGCAGCGGAUCUCCCAGAACCAGAAGGAGCACUACAAAAAGCUGGCGGAAGAGCAGCAGAAACAGUACAAAGUGCACCUGGAUAUCUGGGUGAAGAGCCUGUCUCCACAGGACCGAGCAGCAUAUAGAGAAUACAUCUCCAGUAAACGCAAGAGCGCGACCAAACUACGAGGUCCGAACCCUAAAUCCAGCCGGACUGCCCUGCAGUCUAAGUCGGAGUCCGAGGACGAGGACGACGACGACGAGGAGGACGACGACGACGACGAAGAGGAGGACGAUGAUGAGAAUGGGGACUCCUCCGAGGACGGCGGGGACUCCUCUGAGACCAGCAGCGAGGACGAGAGCGAGGAUGGAGACGAGAACGAGGACGAGGAUGAUGACGAGGACGACGACGAGGACGACGAUGAGGAUGAGGACAACGAGUCUGAGGGCAGCAGCUCCAGUUCCUCCUCCUCGGGGGACUCCUCGGACUCAGACUCCAACUGAGGCUUGGCCCCGGUCUGGGGCUCCCCUCCCCAACUUGCCACCUUUGUUUCUCCCUGCCAUGUUCUGACCCCUGCCCCGUGACCCCCACCCCCACUUUCUUUCCUUCUUUUUUUUUCUUUUUUAAAAACAAAACACGGUGGGGGGAGGGGCUGGCGGCGCCCCGGCCAGGACUCCACAGCCUCAGAGACUUUGGCCCCAGAGGCCCUGGGAGCCUCGGGAGCCUCCCUCCUGGAGCAGCCAUGAGACUGACCCGCCGCCUCGGCCACGGCCUGACCCGCCCUCCUCGGCAUGGACAACGGGCCCAGGAGCGGCUGGGGCCCAGGA